GUCCCCCGCAUGCCUCGUCCUCGCUCCCCUCACUGCAUUUAGAUGUAUUCGGCGCCUCUUCUUGCUUCCUCCGGUAACCCAUGUCUGUGUGCAUCCCGCCUCCCUGCGCUCUCAAUAGAUGGUGCAAGUCAAAAUGUCCAAAUCGCCCGUAGACCCUCUGUCUGCUGUGGAAACCGGCUCCCAGUCGCACUAUUUCCAGCUUCCCAGGAAGUUGCCUAAGCGCAAGAGCCGCUUCAAACGCUCUGAUGGCAGCACAUCUUCUGACACAACCUCCAGUUUCAUCAAACGACAGGGGUCAGCUGAUUCCUACACCAGUAGACCGUCUGAUUCAGACCUGUCAGCAGAGGAGGACCGCGAGGCGUAUCGGCGUGAAGCCGAGCGCCAGGCACAACAGCAGCUCGACAGAGCUAAGUCCAAACCUGUAGCUUUUGCAGUAAAGACGAACGUGAGUUACUGUGGAGCUCUCGAUGAGGACUGUCCUGUCCAAGGAGCUGCCGUCAAUUUUGAUGCCAAAGACUUCCUGCACAUCAAAGAAAAGUACAAUAAUGACUGGUGGAUCGGCCGGCUAGUGAAGGAAGGUGCAGACAUCACCUUCAUCCCCAGCCCUCUGCGACUGGAGGCCAUGCGGCUCAAACAGGAGCAGAAGCAGAGGAAAACAGGAGGUAACUCCUCCAGUUUAGGUGAUAUGGUGACAGGAGGCUGGAGGACCACGCCGCCAUCUGCAGGUGAAACUAAACAGAAGCAAAAACAGGAGCAUGUCCCUCCGUAUGACGUGGUGCCCUCCAUGAGGCCGGUGGUCCUCGUGGGACCAUCGCUGAAGGGCUACGAGGUGACAGAUAUGAUGCAGAAAGCUCUUUUUGAUUUCCUGAAACACAGAUUUGAUGGAAAAAUCUCAAUCACCCGAGUAACUGCCGACCUGUCCUUAGCCAAGAGAUCUGUCCUCAACAAAAGGCCCAUCAUGGAGAGAUCCAACACUCGCUCCAGCCUCGCCGAGGUGCAGAGUGAGAUCGAGAGGAUAUUCGAGCUCGCCAAAACCCUGCAGCUGGUGGUCCUGGACGCCGACACCAUCAACCAUCCCGCACAGCUCGCCAAAACGUCCCUCGCGCCCAUCAUCGUCUACGUCAAAGUUUCCUCGCCAAAGGUGCUCCAGAGGCUGAUCAAAUCCAGGGGCAAGUCUCAGAGCAAGCACCUGAACGUGCAGAUGAUGGCUGCCGACAAACUCUCUCAGUGCCCCCCCGAUAUGUUUGAUGUCAUUUUGGAUGAAAACCAGCUGGAGGACGCCUGCGAGCACUUGGCCGAGUACCUGGAGGUUUACUGGCGCGCCACUCACCUGCCGGGCAACACCCCUCUGAACCCCUUACUGGAGCAGAGCCUGAUGACCCCGCCCUCCGCCAUCUCCAGCCUGCAGAACAAGAACCAGCCGCUGCCUCGCGAGGCGACGGGCCUGGUGGGCGAGGAGGAGGAGGAGGAGGAGGCCGGCGAGGAGGCCCACUCCCCCCUGGAGCAGGACAGCCUCAUGCCGUCCGACGAGGCCAGCGACUCCCUGUCCCGCGGCCGGAGGGGCAGCCCGUGCCACAGGGGGGGCGAGGAGGACGAGGAGGAGGAGGAAGAGGAGGAGGAGGAAGAGGAGGAGGAGGAGGACGACGAGUACGCCUCCCCCUGCCACGCUCGCUCCUACAGGGACGCGUACCACCCUCACCGCGGGCACGCGGGCGGCGCCCACAGCGCCAACGGACACGAGUCACAGGACCGGCUGCUCCAGCGCGACGCCCAGCAAGGCCACAACCAGAGGAACAACCGGCAGCGCAGCCGCCCCUGGCCCCGAGACACCUACUGAGACCGGGGCCC